GCACCAGCCACAUUAUGUGUGCGACGGCUGCUCGGUGAGGAUACAAGUGCAGAAAAUGUCACCUCAGGAGCUUGCUGCACUGCUCUGCAAAGAAGGGGACCACCAUCUCACCCAGCAGGAGUUACCAGUAGCCACUGCAUUCUACACAGCUGCCUUCAGCUGCAGUGCUCCCACAGCAGUACAGAAAGUGAACUCCUUAGACAAAGGGCUCUGGGAGAAAGUGGUAACCACCCUGGAGAUGUGGUGCAAAGGCAAGAAUCAGAUUCCCAAGAUCCAGAGCAAGAACUUGGCAGUUGUCUCCCUCAGUGUGGGAAUAGCUGCCAUCUUUCUCUCCACCCUAAGUCCCGACAAUGUGGUAUCCUCAGUAUAUAAACUGGAGACCCUGCUCAGGCAAGGAUGCUCAGAGGAGGUGGUGAGUAAAUGCAAUACCCUGCUCAAGGCUAACCCAAACUAUUCAAUGGAACUGCUGCUGCUGAGGGCGCUGGCAUGGGUGCUGGCAGGGACACAAGUUAGGAGGGCACUUGCGGACUAUAUCCAGGCCUUUGUGACGCAUCGUGCUGAGGCAGUGGCCUAUGUGAGUGCUAGGCAAAGGGAACACCUGCCACGGGUCAUCCAGGCCUUCUCUAAUUAUCUCUCCACACACCAGAACGAAAGCCCAGGCUGCAGUUCCUGGGACCAAUGGCUGGGCAACUGCUAUGACUUCCUGUCUGCAGUGGCACCGAAUGAUGUCUGGGUUUGCAGGGUGCAGGCAGCUUACCUCUUUAAGAAAAGCAAAUUUGAGGAGUGUGUGGCAGUUUGUAGCAAGGCCCUCAAGGGCUUCUCAGCUGAUGAUAAUCUCAGAGACGAGAAAGCUUUGGGUCUGCUCUUGGAACGGGCUGCUGCAUAUUUCUUCUUGGAUGGACGGAUGCAGGAAAUGAUGCAGGAUUUAGCAGAAGCCUUCGCAGCAACCCCUGCCCAGGCAAUGAAACACUUUGAAGAGCUUUUCUCACCACAUGACACUGAGAGGAUAGAAGAACAAGCUAGAACUGUCCUGGAGGUGAAGUUUGCAGCGUACAGGGAGGCCGUGCGUACUCGGAUUGAACUCAGAGGCAAUCGUGGUACUGAACUGCUCCCUUCUGUCAUCCAGACAGUCCAGUUCCUCCUUCAGAUCUCCCCAGGGUCCAAACGUGAGCUCAGUGUUCGGCUAGCAGACUGCCAUCUCCUGUGUGGGCACGUCAGAACUGCCCUGGAUAUCUGUGACCACCUCUUGGCAGCAGAGCAGAAAACUUACUACAAUACUCUCUUAUCAUUGCGAGGAUUCUGCUCCCUCCAUGCUCAUGACCAUCGGCAAGCCCUGCAGGACUUUCAAAAGGUCAUUGAGCACGAUUCCCCACAUCCUAACAGCUGUAUUAAAGCCUUAUGUGGGCGUGGACUUACCCGGAUUUCUGGUGGCAGCCAUUACUUGACAGCCCUGGAUUAUAUCACAGCUUGCCAGUUAAAGCUGGAAGAAACCAUCUUCACAAUCAAGUCCUAUGUGCCAUGGAACCAAAGAGGACUGCUGCUAAAAGUUCUCCAAGAAGAAGGACAGAAGAUGCUCCAGAAGAAGAGGUACCCAGGAGGCAGUUCAGCCCAUGGGCAGAAAAAGAAACGGGGCUGUGCAGAUUCCUAACAGAAAGAGAGCAGUGCCCCUGGCGUUUACCAUCUGGCUUCUCUCUUGGUGGAGCUGGACGCUUCUGAUGAAGCAUCGCGGAUCCUUUGUGCUGAUGCCCUGUACCAGAUGGGCUGUGUGGAAGAAGCCCACAAGCUCCUCCUAGUAGCGCUCUCAGGAAAUCCACAAAGGUCUCCCAUCCUGGCUAGACUCGCUCUUCUGCAAUUGAAGAAAGAUUUCGUGUAUGAUGGCAACCAGCUGCUAAAGAAAAUGAUCAGAAUUGGAGAUACCUCUUGCCUCCUGCCAAUCAUGGACAUUUUCAAAGACGAAGACCGGAAGUUGAUGCAAACUCACUGCCAUUCCAGAGCGCUGACCAUCUUGAAGAACAAACAGGAGGAUGCUGACAUCAAAGAGGCCAUUGCCUACCUUUCCUUUGCCAUCAUUGCUUCAGGUGGUUAUGCUGAAGAUUGCCUUCUCAUCAGGGCUCAGUGUUACGGGCGCCUUGGUCAGAAGAAAACUGCUAUUUUUGAUUUUAAUGCCAUCCUAAAGGAGGACCCUAGGAACGUGCGAGCUCUGAGUGGACGAGGAUUCAUUUAUCUUGCUCUGAAGCAGCAGAAG